AUGGCACCCCUCGUCUUCUUCAUUACCGGCACCUCGACCGGCUUCGGCAACGAGUACGUCAAGAUCUGUCUCGCAAACGGGCACAAGGUCGUCGCCACGGCGCGCGACUCGUCCAAGCUCUCGUUCGCGUCCAUCUCCAACGCCUCGAGCCUGCUGCUCGUCGACCUCGACGUCACGAAGAAGGAGUCGAUCGGCGCGGCCUUCGGCGCCGCCCUCGCCAAGUUCGGCCGCGUCGACGUCGUGUGCAACAACGCCGGCUACGGCCUGGCCGGCGCCUUCGAGACGCUGUCCGAGAAGCAGAUCCGCACCCAGAUGGAGGUGAACUUCUUCGGCUUGAUCGACGUGACGAGGCGGGCGAUGGAGGUCAUGCGCGACGAGCAGAGUCCGCCGGGGGGUGUGAUUCAGCAGGUGACGAGUAUUGGGGGGCAGAGGGGUGUGCCCCUGUUUUCGACGUAUUGUGCCUCCAAGUGGGCGGUCGAGGGCUUCACCGAAGCCGUGUCCAAGGAGGUCAAGCCGGAGUGGGGCAUCAAGUUCACGUGCAUCGAGCCCGGUGGGUUCAGGACGGACUGGGCGGGUAGGAGCAUGGACUUUGGCGAGCCCCACCCUGCGUACGACCACCUCAACGCCAAGGAGAUCAUGGGCAAACGGCACGGAACCCAGGCGGGCGACCCGAAGAAGGGAGCCCAGGCCUUCUACGACCUCGCCGUCAUGUCCGACCCGCCGCUGCGCUGCAUCGUCGGCACCGACGCCUACGCCGCUAUCAAUGAGAAGUUGGAUCAAUAUCGCGACAACGUGAAGAAGAACGAGAAGCUGAGCAACAGCACCGACGUCGACGGGUACAAGAAGCCGGAGUAG